GAUAUCUGGCCGCGAUGGCUGAAUUUGAGAAUACUAAAUUUAUAGGUGCGACGGAUGAUCCCUGGCAGCUAUUCAGCAACAAUGGCCAAGACUACACUAUAAUGAACCCUAUUGGUUAUGGUGCAAGCUCAAUCGUCUACGCAGCCAAGUUCAACGGCAAGGAUGAUAGAAAGGAAUCUAUGUGCGCGGUGAAAGUCAUCAAUGUGGAUAAUUUCAAUAGACACACUCUAGAAUUACUUAGACGUGAAUUACAACUUUUAUCACUUAGUAAGCAUUCGCAAGUCUUGAGAGUACGUGGUAUGUGGAUGGAUGGACCAAAGCUACAUAUAGCCACACGAUUAAUGAAGGCCGGUUCAGUACAAUCAAUACUUAGAGAUGCCUACCCUCACGGUUUCGACGAGACCGUUAUUGCAACAAUACUCAAACAAGCUUUAUUGGGUUUACAAUAUCUUCACUCUAAUGGUUUCGUUCAUCGCGAUUUCAAAGCUGGAAAUUUGUUAGUUGAUGAGAACGGAACUGUUCUGGUUGGCGACUUGGGUGUCGCUUCUAAUUUGAAUGAGCACGACGGUAGUACAAAGUCCCAUCAUCCUGCUUCAAUUCCUCCGCAUUUGGGUAGGAGACAGUCAUUUGUUGGUACACCAUGUUGGAUGGCACCUGAAGUUGUAGAAAGGAAGCGUUAUGAUGCCAAAGCGGAUAUUUGGUCAUUCGGUAUAACAGCGUUAGAAUUGAGUUUAGGACAUCCACCUAAAGCCAAACUACCACCGGUAACCAUCUUGAUGAAGACAAUACACGAAGAAUCGCCGACACUUGAACAGAAUCAGGUAAAUUCGAAAUCUUACAGCUACUCAGAUGGUAUGAAGAGGGUCGUAGAUUGGUGCCUGCGUAAAGAUCCCAACCAACGACCGACUGCGUCAGAGUUAUUAGCGAGUCCGUGGUUUACCAACAAGGCAAAGAAACCUAGUUAUCUAGUAUCAACAAUUUUGGACGGUUUGGCACCCCUAACAGAACGCAUAGAAGCAAAACAGAACCACACCCCUCAUAUGACGAGAAGUGAUAGUUUUGGUUGGGAUUUCACAAUGAUGACACAUAACUCUAAUGGCAUGAAUAGCGUUGAUAGACGAAGACAAUUACUAAACCAUUCCUACGGAGAGUCUACGAUUAUUGACAAAGAAGAAGAAGAAGGAAUAGGAGGAGCCGAAGAAGACAGUAACUCAUCUGAAUCAGAUCCCAAACCACUAACACCACCGACGAUACCAACUGCAUUACCAAUUACAGAGAGAGAAAAUAUACCAGAGCAAGAACACCUAAAUAAGCGAUACACCGAUAACACAAAUAAACGAAAGUCAUUGAAAACCAAGUUUAACAAAGUUAUGAACAAAAUAAAGUGAUAACCUGUACGAAUUU